CGUGGCUCCGUCGGCGGCGCGCUUCGCGUCCCCCAACGCUCCGCUACCCUCGCGACGGCCCUUCCCACAGGAGGCUGCCUCUCGCUCUCCGACGAGCAAACGGAGGGCGUGGGGGUCCUUCGCUUUCCCGCCACUCUCGCCGCCGUGUGCCCGCUCCCUCCGGCGCGGCGGCGUUGGUUGCAAACUGGAAAGGUGCCACACACCUGUGGACUUCCUCUUCGUAACGCGAGCCAGCCGCAGCGACCUGUGGCUUCGUUUUUUCGCCGCCGACAACGCUCAUCAGACAGCUCGAUCACGGCGCACUGUGCGCGCUCAUCUCGUGCGGCGUCCAGAUGACACGGCCGCCGGCAGCGGUGCCGUGGUGGUGCCGUCGCCCUACGGUCAACGCCGGGUGCCCCAGCGCGGUAGCCGCCACCGGCGAGUGUUGUUCCUCUUCCUGAAGAGUGCGGCAGCAGCCAGGCCCCCGCGGCGAGCACCGGUCCGUCGCGGCAGCGGUGGGAAAGGCGAGAUGCAGCAGCGGCCGUGGUGGGGCCACCGCGAAGGCCGUGAACCGUCCUGGCAGCCGAAGGAUGUGCGCAGCCCUGAAACAGCGACGGCAACGAUAUCGUGCGGUUGUGCGUGAUGUGCGAAACGCGCCGACUACCACUGCGCGGGGCUUGGGAAAUGUAGGCCGCCGCCGACGCUCGCGGUGCUCCAUCUCCGACCCAGCCUCACGUUGUCGCAUGAUUUUGAGUACCGUGCAUUGAUGGUUCCGUCACCGGAUCUGCGCCAGGAAGCAUGGCCAUUGUGAAUUCCGCCGGAUGCUGCGAGCUCUUCGCUGCCGGCGUCUGCAUCGGUGUUUAUACCAUGAUUGUCUACCUGGGCGCCUUCAUAAUGGAACUUUGGUGGAUCAUAGAGAACAAUGUCCAGCUGCCCGUUCCGGCUUAUGUGCUGGCCGCCGGCUACUUCUCCAUCUUCCUGGUCUCCCUGUUCUUGCUGGCAGGUCUCUUCCUGAGGAAAUCCAACUACCUGCUCGGCUGGCUGUUCGUGUCCGUGCUGUUCUUCUUUCCCGAGUGUGGACUGGCGCUCUUCAUGAGUCUGCAGUACUGGAAACUGGACAGCAAGGGCAUCGCGGAGCUGGUCUUCUACAUCGUCCGCGCAGUGGUGAACGUGGUGUGCAUCGUGUGCGUGCAGUCGCUGUACACGCAGUGGAAGCAGGAGAAAGCCGUCAUGCGCCGCCUGCAGAACCUGAACGUGGUCACCUCGUACCGGGACCUGGUGCCCAGCAAGAGCAACGGCUCUGCGGGUCCCAGCGGCUCCACGAGCAACGGCGUGGCCAGCGGCAGCGCGAGCCCGGGCGUCCAUCGCGCCAACGGCAACGCCGGCGGAGGCUCCCUCUCCUCGAGGACCCGGUACGCGACGGCCGCCGACAGCGAGCCCACGUACAUCGUGGCGCACAACUCGGCGCUCAAGCGGAGCACCUCGUCCGUGUCCGGGAUCAUGGUGCGCGCCGUGGGCGGCGGCGGGCAGCACCACCACCAGCAGGGCGUCUACAACGCCGCCUUCAACGGAAGCCUCAACGGCUGCGUGCUGGGACCGUCGGGCGUAGACUUCUACGCGCCCAACCCGGCCCUGUGGGCCGGUCCGAGUCCCAGGUCGGAGUUCGACGCCUCCUCGUUCGCCGACCUCGUAGCCCGCGGCGGCUUGCACGCCAACGGCGGAGGAGGAGGAGGAGGACUGCUCAACGGCUACCGCAGCAUGUCCCGCUCCACGUCGGAGCUGAACCGGGGAGAGCCCUGGACGACGAACGGUACGGCCGGUGCGGCCGCUGUUUCGCAUUCGCCGGUGGCGAGCCCAGGGGGCCCCGUGGACUAUGCGACGCAGAGCCUCGACCGACCCAAGUUCCGGCGCCACGGCGGUCGCAACAACCGCUGGGAAGUGCUGGACGUGCGGGGCUUCGGAGACGUCACCCUGGAGCGGCUCCCCGAGAGGCCCUUCCAGUACCUCAACAGGCCGGGCUCCGUGGUGCGCGGCAACGAGUCGGACACCAGCUCCAGUCACAGCAUCAGGGACAUCGCGCUGUGACGAGGACGGUGGUGAUGACGACUGGCCGAUAACCGAGCAUGCGCUCGGGCGCGUGCAGAGGCGCAUGGAUGUGUGUGUUUUGGCGGCGCCGGCUGCUAUGCAUCAGUGCGUAGUGCGCCUUGUUGCGCGUCUUGACCGUCGGGCGCCGCUCGAUGAGCUGCGGCGGCGCAGGACCUCGGCGUGUUCUGUCUCAUCAGGAAAUGUGGUGUGCGCGGUGUCUUAUACGUGUGGCAGCUGUUUCGCGUGGUCACAUCUGACUGUCAAGAUGUAGCCGCAACGGCGAAGCAUGCGCGUGCAUUCGACGAGCAUUAAGCAUGCGUGCCGUCACUUCCGCGAGGUAUAGUUUCGGAGUGUAUAUGCGAGCUUAUUCGAGUCAUCAUGGAGUAUAUGAACGGAAGCAAGUAACACGUACGCUCUUCCGCUUUCCCACUUGUUGUUCACUCAACUUCGAGUGGCAUCUUAUAAAACAUCGCAACGUAAGGAAUACAUUCUCGCCUGGGACCACCUUACAAACCUCAAAGGGCUCUUUCCCGAAGCCACGGCCAACCUAUCCGGCCGUGGCGCAGUCGCGUUCACUGCAGUGAGCUUGAAGCCGUCAUCAGGAUGCGCUGGGCGACGGUGAUCUCCGCAUUUCAAGUGCCUGCUUCCAUGGCCUGACGUCUGUGCAUAAACUUCAUCUAUAGAGCAACGCUUGCGAGCAAACAGGAAAGAAGGAAACAAAUUUUGUCUUUUUUCAGAUGCCCACAUGCAGCUCAUUUUAUGCCAAACUUACACAGUUCCGCCCUCACAAGAAACAUGGUCCUGGCACGGUUGCGAGAACAAUGGCCUUUGUCGAGGUGGAAUCACUUGCGCAGCUAUAAUUUAACACCUUGCAAUAAAAAAUAGAUAAUUGAAUAAACGCUAUUUUUUAUGGUUGCGCA